AAUUGCAAACAUCAUAACUUCAUCUGUAUAGUCCUCGUAAUUUAUCUUUCCUAAAGCAAACACAACAAAACAAACAGUUCAAAAUCCAGCAAGAAGCUGCGCUGCUCACGCGCUAUCGCCGACGGUACGGUCGAUCUGAGACGAUCUACCAGAAUCCUUGAUUCGCUCUGAAGCCCCAUACUGUCACAGAACCACGGACGGCACUUGACGAUUCCAGCACCGCCACGAGUCCCGGUUUUCCUCGAUUCCCUCCAUUACCUCUUAUUUUCGAUCGUCCAGAAAGCUUGUCUCUUCUUUCUUCCUUCCUUUCCUGAAUUCCGUGUUCUCGACUUUGUGUCAAUUCCAUUGUUUUUCCAUUCUCACCCCUUUUUUUGUUUUCGUAUCCUAAAUACUUCGUCUUCCUUCGAUUAUUGAGAUCUUUGGGAUUUCGAACAUCAGUUCAUUACUUCUUUUAAUCAACAGACUUCGAAAUGGAGUCUCUAAAUCUGUUGUUUGCACGAUCUCAUAAUGAUACGGUUUUCGUGGAUCCUGUUACCGGGGAAGUGUUCAUUGUUGAUGGACGUCGUGGAUGGUGGUAUACAAGAGUAAGUGGCGCAAUUUCAAGAUGGAAAUACGUACUGACUGAAUCAUUACAGGAAGGACAGAUCGCCCGAUGGUCGAUAUUCUUUGGGCUCUUCUUCAUCUUAAUGGUUUAUAUGGUGGGUGGAUAUAUGCAUGCGAAGAAGAGAAUAAGUAAAGGCCUUGCACCUCUACCAUACCACCGUGUAAGAACUCUCAUUACUCUUGUUUCAUAUGGAUCUAUCUAACAGAUGUUGCAGUGGCUUUUGAGUAGAUCUCAGCGAGCCCAGUUCGACCCUUGGUAUCAGGAACCCACGAUUUACUAUCAGACAUAUCCACCACCCGGGGCCCAUUACGGAAUGCAUCCUAUGCCACCACCAGUAUAUGACCCGAAUAUGCCUCCAACAUACCAACCACCUGCGGGAGCAUCAAAAGUUGAUCCAUCGCAAUGGAGAACCGAGCCAACAAGAAGACCAGCCGAAAGCGAUCCUGCUCCAGGAUACGCUCCUCCUCCUGGACCCCCACCACCAGCACUUCAACCCAACCACACUGGCGCCAGUAACAACCCAUAUAGAAAAUGAGAUGUGCGGAGGAAGUUUUGAUCGGGUCGGGUUUGGAUCCUAUAUAUCUUUUGCAGCGAAGCGGAUAGGAGUAUUGGGACAUAGAUUUUAGAGCAGCAUCUUUGAGCAGCGACUAACACCAGUAUACUAUCAGGAAUAGAAUUGACAAGGCAGAUAGCUUAACUGAUCAAAGAC